AUGGCCAAAAAGAGGCGCCCUCCAAAGUCUCCCUCCUCUCCCUCUCCACCGAAUGUUUCCUCCUCCCCGUUUUCCCCUCCAUCAACCGUGAAGGCCCCUGCCUCCGAAUGUUCGCCGCCUCAGACGAACCCUUCCUCUGUUGACGUUCAGGACCCAGUUGCAGCCGAUGCUUCUUCCACACCAGGUCCCUCAGGAGCGAUGAAGAAGAAAGGAACCCCAUUCCUACUCGAUUCAGGGGAAAUUUGUGUUAAGAUCCCAAAUGACGUGAUUUCCAGAAAUCAAAAGAGAUGGGAAUCCUUUGUUCUGGGUCAAUUCCACGAAAAUCUCCCGUCGAAGGGUGCUCUUUAUGCCAUUUCCAACGGAAUUUGGAGCAGAAAGUUCAGAGAUAUAACCGUCUCUAAGUUAGGUCCGAAAGCAGUUCUCAUUCGCAUCCCGUGCCCAGCAACGAGGAGGAGAGUUCUGGGCCAAGCAAUGUGGAGCAUUGAAGGCCAAUCCAUGUUCGUCGCAGCUUGGGAACCUGGUUUAACACCAACCAUGCCUGCCCUAACCUCGGUUCCGGUGUGGUUGGAGUUUAGGGGUGUUCCCCCACAUUUCUUCUCCGAGGAAGGAUUCGAACACGUCGCUGGAGCCUUAGGUCACCCUCUCCACCUCCACCCUUCUACAGCCAAUAUGACGAAUCUUGAAUGUGGAAAGGUUCUAACCAUCAUUAAUCCUCUAGUUCCGAUCCCUGAGGUAAUGAAUGUGCAGUUUGAUUCUGGUGAAACUCACCGUGUUGAGGUUUCAUGUCCUUGGUUACCACCUAUAUGCGAUCACUGUCGCAAGGUGGGUCAUAGCAUCAGGAGAUGCCCGGAGGCACCAAUCACUUGUUCUAUUUGCAAGUCCACGGCUCACGUCGACGAGAAAUGUCCCCAGGCAAAGGGAAAAGAGCAGAAAGCUGUGGAGGAGGAAGUUAUAAAAAAUGCUUCUGACCUCAAAGCCUCCUCCUCAAGGAGGAAGAAUCCUUCCAGACGGAAAAAGGAUAAGAAAAGAGAAUUGGCCUCUCUUCAGGCUGCCAAAGGAAUUGUCAUUCAUCCUCCCAGCAAUGAAGAGAUUGUGGUAAAGCAUCGGAAAUCUAAAAAGAGCCUCAAACAUGAGUUAACCUCCCCAGCGGAUAAGUAUCUGCUUAAAGGGAAGCAGGUUGCUAUUACCUCUAGUGACAGUUCUUCUUCAUCUGACAACGAGGAGCCCGAUCCUGAACCCGAGGAAGAAUCUUCCUCAUCCAACUCUGAGUCUGAAGAGGAUGAUAAUCCGGCUGAUGACACCAGAUUCAUGGAGACCAAGCCGUUAUUCGGAAGCAUUAUAGAGACCCGUGUUAAGGAGAAUAAGUCUGUUCGCUACUUCCAUAGCACGUUUCCAGGGUGGAGUUUUGUUUCAAAUUAUGAGUUUGCGGAGCUGGGGCGUAUCUGGGUUGGUUGGGAUCCCUCGGUCUCCUUAACCGUCUUCUUCAAAUCCAGUCAGAUUAUCACUUGCGUGAUCCAGCUCCCUCAUACCACCUCGGAGGUCUGUAUUUCUUAUAUUUAUGGUGUAAAUACUAAAGAGGGUCGUCAACAGAUGUGGUUUGACCUCCAGUCUCUCUCGGUGAACCCCGCCAUCUCGUUUCUUCCUUGGGCUGUGAUGGGUGACUUUAACCAAAUCCUGAGUCCCUCAGAAAAAUCAAAUGGUGGAAGUAGGAUAACUAGCGGAAUGCAGGACUUCAGGGAUUGUGUCGAUUCUGCCGGUCUAUUCGACCUCUCUAUUCGUGGAAAUUCUUUUACUUGGUGGAACCACCAAGAGGCGAACCCAAUAGCUAAGAAACUCGACAGAAUCCCCAUAAAUGACUCUUGGCAGAUCAAAUACCCUCUCUCCUUCGCUCACUUUGGAGAACCGGACUUCUCAGACCAUUGCCCUGCUGUAAUUGUGAUUGGUGACUCCCAACCAAGUAAGAAGCCUUUCAUGUUCUCUCAUUUCCUUCUCAACCAUCCAGAAUUCCUCCCCCGUGUCGCCGUUCACUGGCAUGAGUCCUCCGUUCCUAGAUCUGCAAUGUAUGCCAUUUCCAAAAAACUCAAGUCUCUGAAGCGAGUAAUAAAGGACAUCAACAGAGAAUAUUUCUCUGAUUUGGAGCUCAGAGUCAAGGAUGCUCACUCUCUUCUUAUCGAUUGUCAGAACAGGUUCUUGGCCUCUCCUUCUCCCCUUCUGGCUAGUGAAGAGAAGCAGGCUUAUAAUCGCUGGUUCUCUCUUGCUUUCGCCGAGGAGAAAUUCCUGCUUCAGAAGUCUAGGGUAAAGUGGAUUGAGAGUGGGGAUGGUAACACUGCUUUUUUCCAUAGAAUGGUCGCAGCCCGUCAUUCUGCAAACCAAAUCCAUUAUCUGGUGACGGGUGAAGGGACCAAGCUAAAUGACAUGACAGAAGUGAAGGAUUACUGUGUGUCGUACUUUACGGACCUGUUUGGAGGCAUCUCUCAACCCCUAACUGAUUCAGACCGUGCUGAGAUUCGAGGUUUCACCACCUUCAGAUGUAACACAGAUGAGAAAAAAACCUUGCAAGCUCCUGUCUCCGCCGAGAAUGUGAAAAAAGAGGUUUUCUCACUGCCUCGCAACAAAACGCCGGGACCUGAUGGGUUCACUGGGGAAUUCUAUAGAAGCACUUGGGACAUUAUUGACGACGAUCUUGUUAAAGCUGUGCAGGAGUUUUUCAAUUCUGGCAAGUUGCUCAAACAAUGGAAUUGUACAGCCAUCUCUCUCAUUCCGAAAAAAGUUGGAGCAGAGAAACUUGUGGACUUCAGACCCAUCUCCCUCUGUAAUAUGGUUUACAAGGUUAUAUCAAAGAUUUUAGCGAGGAGGCUUCAAGCUAUCACGCCGGGUAUGGUUUCAAACUCCCAAUCUGCCUUCGUCAAAGGUAGACUUUUGGUCGAGAACGUCUUACUGGCAACUGAAAUGGUACAUGGUUUUGGGAAGUCUAAUGCAUCUAAGCGAGGUUUGUUAAAAGUGGAUCUAAGGAAAGCCUUCGAUUCCGUCAACUGGGGUUUCAUCAUUGAGAUUCUAAGAGCGGCUGAUUUCCCUCCGGUUUUUAUUUUGUGGAUUGAGGAAUGCAUUUCUACGACUACGUUCUCCAUCAAUGUUAACGGGGAGCUUUGCGGGUUCUUCAAGGGGACCAGAGGAUUGAGACAGGGGGACCUUUUAUCCCCUUCUCUGUUCGUUAUCGCAAUGGAGGCUUAUUCAAAUCUGUUAAAUGCUUCUUUUGAGUCUGGAAGGAUUGGUUAUCACCCGCUAGGCAGGAACCCAAAAAUAUCCCACCUGGCUUUUGCUGACGAUAUCAUAAUUCUUUUCGAUGGGACUGCUAAUUCUCUUCAAGGAAUAUCUUCUUCCUUAGACCACUUCCAACGUCUUUCUGGAUUAAGCAUUAACAAGGACAAAACAGACCUGUUGACUGCGGGUUUGAACCCUGAUGAAGCUGAAUCUCUAAACAUGUUUGGCUUCAGAAGUGGUUCUCUCCCCAUCCGCUAUCUUGGUCUACCUCUGCUUCAUCGUAAAUUAAGGAAAGCUGACUACUCCCCUUUGACUGAUAAAAUUGCUGCUAAAUUUAAUGGCUGGACGGUAAGAGCUCUCUCCUUUGCUGGCCGGUUGCAGUUGAUUACUUCAGUGAUAUACAGCCUUGUAAAUUUCUGGUGCUCUGCAUUUUCUCUUCCAAAAGGGUGUCUGAAGGACAUAGAGAAGCUCUGUAGUCGAUUCUUGUGGUCUGGUUCGAUUGAGGAGAAAGUAAUGGCCAAAGUCGCUUGGAAGCAUAUCUGUCUUCCUAAGAAGGAAGGGGGUCUUGGCCUUCGGGAUUUCUCGGUUUGGAAUCAAGUGCUGAAUUUGAGACUGAUCUGGAUACUCUUCACGAAAACAGAUUCGUUAUGGGUGGCUUGGCUGAGGGAGCAUAAACUUAAACGCUCAUGUUUUUGGUCUUAUGAAUCCAGACCGAAUGACUCAUGGAUUUGGAAAUUUCUACUGUCUUUGCGGCCCUUGGCAUUUAAUUUCCUCAGAUGCAAAUUGGGGAAUGGAAGAUCGGUGAGUUUCUGGUUUGAUAACUGGUCAGACUUUGGUCCUCUAUUUCAGUUUGUGGGCACCCAAGGACCACGGUGGAUGGGAAUUCCGGUUGAAAGUUCUGUAAAAGAUGCUCUUGCUAUGCGUGACUGGAGCAUGCAUUCCAGAUCAAGGAAACAGCCAGUUUUGCAGGUCAGGGAGCUCCUUAGACUUUCUACGGUGACCAGCUCUAACAAUCGGGAUAUUUUUCUGUGGGGUCCCUCAGCCGAUGCCUCCCCUCAGUUCUCCACAAAGAAAACGUGGGACUGGAUCAGGCAAUCUGCUUCUAUUAAACCAUGGUUCAAAACUGUCUGGCUGAAAUUGGGUAUUCCGAAGCACUCCUUCACUUUUUGGGUGGCAACCUUGAUCGCUUGCCUGUCAAGGAAAGACUCGCUAGAUGGGGGCUGA